AUGACUGAUCCAGACACAACCACGACCAAUGCAUCAGAAUCAGUAACGGCAGUAGACUAUAUCACCAACCAAGUUCGUCUAGAACGUGAAGCCCGCGAAUUGAUGCCGUACGACCCUAAUGAAUGCACUUAUGAACUUGGAGAGUUGCGACAACCCGUGUUUGCAUGUCUAACGUGUUCCCGUCAGAAUGACGAUACACCCAUCGGAGUGUGUUACUCGUGUUCGAUCCAAUGUCAUGCCAGUCAUGACAUUGUUGAGCUUUUCAGCAAACGUGGGUUUGUAUGUGAUUGUGGAACCACGCGAAUGAGCAAGACCCAUAAUGGUGCAUGUAAAUUGCGAAGACACGGUCAUAAACUAGAAAGAAGACUUUCCAUCUCUUCAAAUUCAAGUGCAAAGGAGUUAGAAUUGAAUGCUGAGGAUAUCCCUUCUUCUUCAAAUUCAUACAACCAGAACUACAGGGGCACGUUUUGUGAUUGUCAAGAACAAUAUAAUCCGGCCGAAGAAACCGGGGAUAUGCUUCAAUGCUAUUUUGGAUUUGAAUGCGGGGAAGAUUGGUAUCAUGAUAGGUGUAUAAUGGGGAUAGACAAGCUGGCUGUAAGUAAAACAGAUAACGGAGAGGAACCCAAGUUGAAAUACUUUCCCAAUUUGGUCGAUUUUGACGUGUUUGUGUGUUGGAAGUGCAUUUCUAAAUUCAAACAAGUGUUUGAUGAAUUGGAUAGACAAACUACCAUUGUCCAUACCAAGUUGCCACACUUUAAGCAAGUUCCAUCGGUAGAAGAAUGGCAUAAACAAAAGGAAACAUUCGAGCAGACUCUGGCAGAACCAGCAGCCAAAAAAGCAAAAGUUGACACUACAGAUGUUGCAACCGAGGCACCAUUAUACUCAUAUUUCCUAAGCAAUGAUUUCCGAGAUCAAAUCAAGAAAUUGUACCCUAAACUACCAUCAGAAUCCAAAUUACAUCAGUUUCUUUCAAACAAUAACUACUUAUUUGAAGAUGAUCCAGUAUAUGAACCCCCUCAAGACGACGAUUCAGAAACCGGAUCUAUACUAGAUAUGGGAACCGAUGCAUUGCAUUCUCUCCCUCGAGACAAAGCCAUUGAAGGGUUACAAGCAUAUGAACAAAUGAGAUCUAAACUUCGUGACUUUUUCAAACCAUUCGCAGAACAAGGGAAAAUAGUCACUGAAGAUGAAGUUCGUCAAUUCUUUGGAUCCAUGACCGAAGAACGUAAACAUAAAUAG